AUGCCACGCAAGAAUUCCUCUCCCAAUCUACGUUCCCGCUCGCGCUCAAAAAGCGUAGGCCGCAAAGCGUCCGUAUCCGCUCGCUCUUCUAGUCGCGGAUGCACUGCUAAAAACAACGAGAAAGUAGUUACGAUUAACUCCAAAGAGUCCCGUUAUGUAGAUGCUGAGCGCCGCUUCACACCUGAUAAAGACCAAUGGGAUGGAAAGUAUGAAUUUGGUGGAACGCUCGGUACAUUGAGUUUCAUAAUUUUUUCCCACACCAUAAUCUACUACUUCUAUGUGUGCGUCACGAUGUUCGAAGGUACUUUGAUUUAUCCCGGCCACGCCAUGCUGAAUGGGAAGCGUAUGGAUAAGGUGUUUUUUGAUUACUUAGCUGAGACAGCUCGCCCGACCUGGAGAGCCUUUGGUAUCUUCUGGGCUUUAUUGUUCUUUCAGUACGUUCUUGCUGUCAUUUUGCCAGGGGUUUUCGUGAAGGGACUGCCGUUGGCAUCGGAAAAUGGGCACCGUCUUACUUACCGAUGUAACGCCGUUUCAGCCUGGUAUGUUCUCAUCAUUACGGCCUCUAUCCUGCAUUACACCCAAACUUUCGAAUUGAAUGAGUGGUGUCGAUGUUACGGGGAAUAUCUCACAGCCGCGACCAUCUCAGCCGAUUUUGUUUCGCUUUGUGCCUUUAUAGCCGGAUUGAGGCGUUCGAUUCGUAUGACGCCGAGCUUCAUCUACAACUUUUUCAAGGGAUCCGCGCUAAAUUAUCGUCUGCCUGGCAACGUUGACCUGAAGCUUUUUCAGGAAUGCCGAAAUUCGUGGAUGCUGCGUAUGUUACUCGUUGUUGGAUGCGCCAUGGAGCAAUACCACGAGCUGGGAUACAUCACUACCAACAUGGCGGUAAUCCUUGUGGUUCAGUUCCUUUACGUAAACGCGGUUCAAAAGGGUGAGGUGUGCGCACCCACGACAUGGGAUGUGUUUUACGAAAAGUUCGGUUGGAUGCUUGCGUACUGGAAUACAUGCGGUCCUUUUUUAUAUUCUAUGCAGGCACUCUACAUUCAAAAAGUUCUCAAAGGUGACGAAUAUCCAAGGUAUGUUAUGGUUAUAAUGUUGGUAAUUGUAAUGAUAGCGUACUUUCUGUGGGACGUGGUUGGUUCUCAAAAAACUCGAUUCUGUAUGCGUCGCAAUGGAGUUCCUAUGGAAAUCAUUCGCUACAGAACCUUCCCAUUACUAUCUUGGCGCUACCUUCAGAACCCUCGAACGCUUAAAAGUGCAAGAGGAGAGAUCCUCAUCGAUGGGUUCUGUCGUUACGGACGUAAAAUUAAUUACACUUCAAACAUAGUGAUGUCCUUUUUGUUGUGUAGUUCAUGUGGUUUCAAAAGCUUCAUUCCUUUCUUUUAUUUUUUUAUCAUUUUUAUUUAUUUGGUUCACCGUGCAUGGCGUGUCGAAGCCCGAUGUCAGGCGAAAUACGGAAAGUCAUGGGAUGAAUACAAAAGAAUAGUUCCCUACUUAUUUAUUCCGUACGUUUAUUAG